ACGUCACCCACUCGGUGUUAUAAAAUGAGACGCAGAUUGUUGCGUCACCCAUCCCCUUUUUCUCCUUUCUUUAUUUUUUUAUUCGCAACCUUUUUUAUUUUCGACGCUUUAUUAUUUUUCUUUGCAAUUGUUUUUAAGUCUGUAAUAACAAUACGUUUAAGCGAAACACAACAAACAUGCAGGCUAUUCAAUUUGAGCAGAUCGGCGGACCAGAGGUUCUCAAAGUGGUCAAAGUGGCCAAGCCUGCGGUCGGACCAGGCCAACUUCUCGUGCGCAACAGAUUUGCCGGCGUCAACUUCAUCGACACGUACUUCCGCUCCGGUGUCUAUCCUGUAACCUUACCAUCCUCCCUGGGCCAAGAGGCAUCAGGCGAGGUCAUAGAAGUCGGCGCGGGUGUCGAAGGAUUCACCGUCGGCGAUGCCGUUGUUUACCUGGGUAGCUCCAAUACCUACGCGCAGUACUCCAUUUCCGAUGCCACGAAGGCAAUUAAAAUUGAUACCUCGAUCAUUCCGCUUGACAUUGCCGCCGCUGCCUUCCUCCAGGGUCUGACAGCGCUCUCUCUAGUGACGCGCUCCUAUGCGGUCAAGCAGGGCGACUGGGUUCUGGUGCAGGCGGGCGCCGGUGGCACUGGCAGACUGCUUGUGCAAUUGGCCAAGCACUACGGCGCAAAUGUCAUUGCCACGGUUUCUAACGAGGAGAAGGCGGCGGUGGCACGCAAAGCUGGUGCGGACCACAUCAUCCUGUAUACGCAGGAGAGCGUGCCCGAGUCUGUAAAGAAGAUAGUAGAGGAGGGCGUACAUGUGGUGUACGAUGGUGUUGGCCAGUCGACUUUUAAUGGAAGCAUUCAGUCGUUGCGCCGCUUGGGCUCGAUGGUGUCUUUUGGAAAUGCCUCAGGAACUGUUCCGCCAGUCAACCUUUUUGAUCUGACUCCUAAGAAUUUGACCCUCUUGCGUCCUUCUCUCUACGGGUAUUUGGUCACCGAGGAGGAGCGCCACCGCCAUCUGAAUGAGUUGGUGGAGCUGUUGGCUGCGAAGAAGCUUGACAUCCAGGUGUUCAAGACGUACGACUUAGCGGAUGCCGCGCAGGCUCAUAUUGAUCUGCAGGGCCGCAAGACCACAGGCAAGCUUCUUCUGAGAAUUGAUUAAAUAGCGCGGGUACAGGUGUGUUUUUUAUUUCUAUUUUUGUUUCAUUUUUUUGUUUAACAAGGUAUCUAGACCAAACAAAAAAGGCGAGUUGUGCGCAUCUCGGAUCAGCCCCGCUAACAUGAAAGACAGAUAGAUUGACAAUUGCGCCUUUUUACAUUCUCUCUUUCUAUCUCACUGGGACCCCAGAACUGCGGCUUAGUUUUCAGCAUUGAGGAAUUCCGUCGAUGGGAUUGUUUUUUCUUCCACAAUUCGUUUUGCAAAAAAAAAACUUAGUUGCGCUACGCGUGUACACGUGCCAAAGGAACCAAGGAAUGAGAUAGAUUCAAAAAAUGCAUAUGCAUUUUUAUUUUUACACAUAAAUAAAAAAAC